AUGGCCCAGGGGCGCAAAGUAGAUAGCAGCGUGGUGUCAACAAUUGUUUCGGGCGGAAAUCAUUUCACAAGUGGAGGAGAAUCACGCAAUCCAUAUAUCUCUUCAUCAAUCUCUCACUCUUUCUCUCUCUCUCUCUCUCUCUCUCUCUCUCUCUCUCUUCUUGUCCUUUCCUUCUCUCUUCUCUCGCGCGCUUUCUCAACUCCUGAAAUCUAUGGAGAUUGCAGCCAUCGGGGUCAUCUUGCUGCCGAGGUUCAUGGUGGAUGCUGGGGAACGGCUCCCCACAAAGACCACCCUCAUCUUUUCUGGGCGCAGGUAUCGGCAGCACUGCUGAUUUUGGGCCCGCUCGCGGCCACCAUCUGGACACCCUGGCGCCAGGGGUGCGGUAUCGGGGGCUCCUGCUCUGUCGGCGUGCAGCUCUCCAUGGCAAUGGCCGUGCCGUUGAGCAUGGUGAACCACCUGGGUCACGCUGUGGCGCGGCGGUGGAUCCCGCUGCUGCAGAAACUGGAUAGAACCACCAUCUCGCUGGGGUGUGUGGUCGGUGCUUGGGCGCUCUCCCAAGACCUCUUCUUCACGGUGGGGUCAGCUUUACUGGCUUCCACGGUCAUCAUUCUGAUGUGGUUUGGUAGCCCCCGCUACCGAGACAGCGAAGUCUUGGCUUCGAGCCUCGUUGCUGUGUAUAAAGAUGAAGCAUGGGAGGAAGAAGAGGAGUGGGGAGAUGAGGAGGAGGAAGAUGAAGAGUGGGAAGAAGAGGAGGAGGAAGAGGAAGAGGAAGAUGAAGAGUGGGAAGAAGAUGAGGAGUGGGAGGAAGACGAAUCGCCGGACAAAGUUGGUGAAUGGGAAGAUUCCUCUGACGGCGAAGAUUCGGAACAUGGUGAGACGGAACAAAUAGGUCGCUUGCAGAAGUGGUUUCACAAGCCGAAACACGCGUUUGGUUACAUUGAGUGCCUAAAUGCGCGUGACAGUGUUUACGUCUAUGGCCACGUCUUGGUCACCUCUCUUGGCAUCUUAUACGAGGAUGUGCCGCAUUAUUUUGGCCGGUUUUUGCGCUUCAAGAUGAUUCGGAACCACCUCGGCUACAAGGCUUCGGAGCCCAUGGAACUGCUGCCUGAGGCGUUCGAGGGCAAGGAGACUCUCAACGCUGAGCUCGACAGGAGGAGGGAAAGCAGAUGGCAAAGGAUCAAGAAAAAAAUGAAGCAAGAGAGUCGUGAGAAGGACCGGCAGUGGAAGCAGUUCCAAGAAGGACGCGGCUUGGGGAACACGAAGCGCUUAAGGCACUUGUGCCUUAUGCUGAAGAUUGGCAGGAAGACGGUUGUCAAAGGUUAUCCAGCGCGCAAAAUUACAGCAAAGUCCAUUCAAGGAAAAGCAGCGCAGCUGUACCUGCUGAAGAAGCCGGUGAACUUCAAGUGCAUGCACGGCGGCCAUGUGACCUCCAACUACGUGGCUUUGGCGCAUGGGGGCGAGGUCUGGUCUUAUCAGCAAUAUUGCAGGUUUACAGGAAAGGGAAAAGGUAAAGGGAAAGAGAAAGGUGGCGGCAAGGGAAAGGGACAAGGCAUUCUCUAUGGGCUCCUUCCCAUGCUCUUCUACCGGGAAUCCCUGGACCACUGCGUCUGGCCGGCUGGUAGUGCCAUCCUGGUCGGCUUCGCGCUCUUCCAGUUCGAUCCCCUAGGUGUUUGGACGGAUUCCGUCUGGCACCUCGUUCUCAUCCCAUAUGCUCACUUCUGUUCGCUCUCUGCCGUGCGAAUGGACCAGCGGCUCUUUGGGCAUUGCCUCAGCUCCUCCUAG